CGCAAUCGUCAGGCCGUCCACGUCGGAAGGAUUAUUGUCCUUUCUUAAUUUUGGUCGUCUUCGUCUCAGUCGGAUUAUUGGACCUUCUAGGCUCCCUCGUUUUCUGUUUCCCACGGAUUUUCGUCACAUCCACUGCUCCACCGAACCGACUGACUCGACAACCAACGCCUCUUUUCGACCUUUUUCUUUCUUUCUUUUUUCCUCUCUGUUCUUUCCUCUCUUUCCAUUCGAGUCAUCGACAAGACAGAUCGGGUUUAAUUCAUAUCGCCAAUAUUUAAUCCUAUUCACUGGUCCUUUGCGCCCCUCAGAUCUGCGACCAAGUGCUCCAUAGCGUGGGUCCGAGGCUAUCCAUUCUUUGCACAGCUCAAACGGCGCGCCGGGUUUUCGCCGGUUCUCUCUCUUUUUCUCUCUCUUCCCCCGCAGGGACCUCCGGUGUAUGGUCUAUCGCUGUGAAUUUCGUGCAUCAUGGGUUCGACGCAGUUCGGGAAUUUCAACGACUUUUGUCGAGACUCGACGUUACCGGUCUGCAAUCUCUUCGUCCCCAGCAACCAGCCUCCCAAUAAGGCGUUUGAUGGGUGUCCCUUGAUUGGCAUUGACCUGAGCGACGACCGACAUUUGAGCAACUUGGGCUCGAUCUUAUUGGCGUUCAUCGCUAUCCUGGCAUCUAUCUUUCUGCUUUGGCGGUCGGAACGAAAACAAGCGGCAGUGGGACGAAGGGAAAUUCAACUGUUCCUCCUGGGAUUCAUCAUCAUUGAGAUAUGUGAAAUCUUCACGGUCGGUGGUUUUCCACUCGACGAGGCAGUCCGGAAGGGCUUCACCGCGAUUCACGUGGCCGCCAUCACGGCAACCUGUUGGAUCUUGUUCUUGAACGCCAUGGUCGGAUACCAGUUCCUCGAUGACGGCACGCCCGCCUCGCUCGCCCUCUUCGCCGUGUCCGCCGGGGUCUUGUUCAUCGGCACGGGUUACAUCUCUCUCGACACUGCGUUCAACUGGACGGGCGAGUUUGCCACGACUGCCUCGAACAACUACCGGAAUAUCGCCCUUUACGUGCUCUACCAACUCUUCCCCCUGGUGUGCCUGGUGGCAUUCUUCGUGUUGGAGGCGGUCUUGGUGGUCCGGAUUCUGGGCGAAUUCCGACCGAUGUUUUAUUUGGCCGGCGCCGCUCUCCUAUUCGCCAUCGGGCAGAUCUUCAACUACGUCAUCAGCACGCAUCUCUGCAACGCGACGGGCGGGAAAAUCAACGGCGCCUUGUUCGAGACCCUGUUCACCAUGCUGUCGGUGGUGACGAUCUGGUUCUUCUGGAGCAGCAUCACCGAAGACGACUGGCCGAUGCCCGCGGGGCCGAUGCAGGUGGGGACGGGCGGGGGAUACAGUUGAUCUCAU